AUGACUCCCACAUAUGACCCCAUCAACGGGACACCAGCAUCAUCCACCAUGACUUGGUUCAGUGACAGCCCUUUGACGGAACAAAACUGCAGCAUCCUUGCAUUCAGCCAGCCUCCCCAGUCACCAGAAGCGCUGGCUGAUAUGUACCAACCCCGGUCUCUGGUUGAUAAAGCCAAGCUGAAUGCAGGUUGGCUGGAUUCCUCUCGCUCCCUUAUGGAACAAGGCAUCCAAGAAGAUGAGCAACUACUGUUACGAUUUAAAUACUACACUUUCUUUGACUUGAAUCCAAAAUAUGACGCUGUCCGAAUAAACCAGCUCUACGAACAAGCCAGGUGGGCUGUCCUCCUGGAAGAAGUCGACUGCACAGAGGAAGAGAUGCUGAUCUUUGCAGCACUGCAGUAUCACAUCAGCAAACUAUCAUUGUCCACUGACAUACAGGAUCUUACACAUGAGUCUGAGGUUGACGAAGUCGAAGCAGCACUGUCUAAUUUGGAAGUGACCCUCGAAGGUGGAAAAGCAGACAACACUUUGGAGGACAUUACGGACAUCCCUAAACUUGCAGAUAAUCUCAAGUUAUUUAGGCCCAAGAAACUAAUGUUAAAAGCUUUCAAACAAUAUUGGUUUGUCUUUAAAGACACAUCAAUAGCCUACUUUAAAACGAAGGAACUUGAACAAGGAGAACCAGUAGAAAAGCUAAAUCUGAAAGGCUGUGAAGUUGUGCCAGAUGUGAAUGUAUCAGGGAAAAAAUUUGGAAUCAAGUUACUAAUCCCUGUCGCUGAUGGUAUGAAUGAAGUGUAUCUGAGAUGUGACCAUGAGAAUCAAUAUGCCCGGUGGAUGGCUGCUUGUGUCUUGGCAUCGAAGGGCAAAACCAUGGCAGACAGCUCCUACCAGCCAGAGGUCCUCAAUAUCCUUUCAUUUCUGAGGAUGAAAAACCGGAACUCAUCAUCUCAGGUGGCUUCCAGUGUUGAAAGCAUGGACAUGAACCCAGAAAGUUUUGUAUCACCUCGGUGUGCAAAAAAAUACAAGUCUAAACAGCUGGCAGCUCGGAUCCUGGAAGCCCACCAGAAUGUGGCCCAGAUGUCCCUGGUUGAAGCCAAGCUGCGGUUCAUCCAGGCCUGGCAGUCCCUACCUGAAUUUGCACCUACUACCUUGUCCGAUUUAAAGGAAUCAAGAAAGAUGAUUUUGGGAGUUUCAUAUAAUAGGCUGAUUAGAAUUGAUGCAGUCACCGGGAUUCCAAUUACAACAUGGAGAUUUGCCAAUAUGAAACAGUGGAAUGUCAACUGGGAAAUCCGACAGGUGGCAAUCGAGUUUGACCAAAACGUCUUCAUCGCCUUUACCUGUCUGAGUGCGGACUGUAAGAUCGUGCAUGAGUACAUCGGUGGCUACAUUUUCUUGUCCACCCGUUCCAAGGAUCAGAAUGAAAUGCUCGAUGAAGACCUCUUUCACAAAUUGACCGGCGGUCAGGACUGA